UAGCUUUUCCUUCUCUCCUCUCGGGUCAGUCGAGUCGGCGGAGCGGAGAGGCGAUGGCGGUGCGCCUAUAAAACUCACCAAGCAAACUUUUCAGAGCUCUGGAAAAGUCUUUAUAUCCUCGCCAGAGGGAAAACCGUGAACUUUCAGAUCGCUGGCGGAAGACUGAAGCUCGCGCGAGCUUGACUGCGGGGGCUGCUGUGUACGCGCGCGACGUGUCCUUGGCGACGGCUGAAUUUCGGGAGUCGCAGUUUGUGAACUUCGGAAAGUGAGAGCUAACGCGUUAGCACGACUCUUUAGCCUGACCGCUCAUGUAAAGUACCUUACCUAGACAAACGAUGGCUGUGCGGAUGUUUUUGUACGGGUAGAAAUGUAAGUUAAUAAGUAACUUAACUUAGGUAGUGUAUAAUCGUGUAUAUUUAGCUUGAUUCAUUCGCCUGGGAUGAGCAGGUACUUUGCACCUGUAGCGCCACACGGUGUAAAAACCCAAGCUCUGGGUAUGCUGUUUACCUUUUUAAAAAACAAAUAUUAAAUUAGUUGGUUUUUCAUAUUAAACCUGAAUGGGCAUCCUAACAAUGUAGGUUUCACUCUAGAAUGUAAACAAAAAGUUAGCGUAACGUUAGCGAAUACACCGGCUAAUGCUGGUGUCACUUCUCACUCCCAGAUUGGUUAACUUAGCUGGCUGACGUGGAAACAAAGCAAUGCGUCUAUUAACCUCUAUUAAGCCGGAUUUAACCUGACCCACUCUCCAUUAAUGAUAUAAAGUGACCUGGCUGGGGUUGUUGGGAACUUUUUGUGUGUGUAUGUGCGCCAUUGCGGAAUACGGCUGUUGGACUAGGCUACUUUGAUUUGACAUCACGGCACCCUAUGGUGCUCCUGCAAGCACCGAGACAUGGAUGUUCCCCAGGCCGUUUUCCCAAACGGUGAGGGGCGCCUGAGCCUUCAAGACCAUGUCUGUACGGAGUCCUCCAACUCCAGGGCUUGGGCUCACUCUGCCCCCGUGUGUCCCCGCUCGCUCUGGACCGCGGUGUUUGACUACGAGGCCAGCGGGGAGGACGAGCUCAGUCUGCGGCGAGGAGACGUGGUGGAGGUCCUGUCGAAGGACGCUGCCAUCUCAGGAGACGAAGGCUGGUGGACUGGUAAAAUUAACCACCGCGUGGGCAUCUUCCCAUCUAAUUAUGUUACGUUCCAACCAGUCAUUUACAGAGCGGUUGGGGCUCGAGAAAGCGACCCUUCCGCGCCUGUUCGGAUACCUUUUUCUGAACUGGUUCUACAGGAAAUUAUCGGCGUCGGUGGGUUUGGCAAAGUCUACCGGGGAACCUGGAAGGUGCAGGAGGUCGCAGUGAAGGCAGCUCGACAGGACCCCGAUGAGGACAUUAAAGCGACUGCGGACAGUGUUAAGCAAGAAGCCAAACUUUUCUCAAUGCUUCAACAUCCUAACAUUAUCAAACUGGAGGGGGUGUGUUUGGAGGAGCCCAACCUGUGUCUGGUCAUGGAAUAUGCCCGUGGAGGGACUCUGAACCGUGCUUUGACCGGCAGGAGGAUCCCCCCUCACAUCCUCGUGAACUGGGCCGUCCAGAUCGCCAGAGGCAUGCAGUAUCUCCACGAGGAAGCGGUGGUUCCCAUUAUUCACCGGGACCUGAAGUCCAGCAACAUUUUAUUACUUGAAAAAAUUGAAAAUGAUGACAUUGGUCGAAAAACCCUGAAGAUUACUGACUUUGGCCUUGCUCGUGAGUGGCACAAAACGACCAAAAUGAGUGCAGCUGGCACUUACUCCUGGAUGGCUCCUGAAGUCAUCAAGUCUUCUCUGUUUUCCAAAGGGAGUGAUGUCUGGAGUUAUGGAGUCCUCCUUUGGGAAUUACUGACUGGAGAGAUUCCUUACCGUGGCAUCGACGGUUUGGCAGUUGCUUAUGGCGUGGCCGUCAACAAAUUAACCCUUCCAAUUCCAUCUACAUGCCCAGAGCCUUUUGCCAAGCUCAUGGAAGAAUGUUGGGAGCAGGAUCCACAUAUCCGUCCAUCCUUUGCAGCCAUCUUGGAGCAGCUGACUGCCAUAGAGGAGGCUGUGAUGGCCACCAUGCCUCAGGAUUCCUUCCAUUCAAUGCAGGAGGACUGGAGAGUAGAGAUCCAGGAAAUGUUUGAUGAGCUGCGCACUAAAGAAAAGGAGCUUCGUUCUCGUGAGGAGGAGCUGACGCGAGCAGCGCUUCAGCAGAAGUCUCAUGAAGAGCUGUUGAAGAGGAGGGAGCAGCAGCUGGCGGAGCGGGAGAUUAACGUGUUGGAGCGUGAGCUCAACAUCCUCAUCUUCCAACAAAACAAGGACAAGCCCAAUGUUAAGAAACGGAAGGGCAAAUUCAAACGCAGCCGCCUCAAGCUCAAAGAUGGAAACCGCAUCAGCUUACCCUCAGAUUUUCAGCACAAAAUCACAGUUCAGGCCUCUCCUACGAUGGACAAGAGACGAAGUCUCAAUAGCACAAACUCAAGCCCUCCCAGCAGCCCGACUCUGAUCCCUCGCCUCCGUGCUAUUCAAUUGAGCCACAGAGGUGACACUAGCCGAAAGGGCAGUAUGUUUGUCUAUCACCAGGAUGUGGAUGUCACAAGCGAGUGUAAACCUCCUAGCGUGUUUAGCAAGAAAGUGACUCUGGAUGAGAGCAACAGGACAUGGGGACGAAGCACCAAUUACAAACCGGAGGAGUUUGAAGAUGUCAAGAAAGGGUUUAAGAAGAAGGGUCGCACAUGGGGACCAAGCUCUGUGCAAACGAAGGAAAGAGGAAAUGGUGCUGAAAGAAUUCGUCCUCUUUCAGAUGGAAGCAGUCCUUGGUCCACCAGUCUAUUGAAGUCUCAGAAAUCUGUUCCAUUAGCUGCAUUGUUUGCAGACCAGGGGACCAAUAAAGAUGAAGCAGGCUCUGCUGAUUCAUCCGACAACAAACCAAAGCAACUCAAGUUCCCCAACCAGGUGUAUAUCGAUCUACCUCUGUGGAAAGAUGAACCAGGCGAGAACCAGAGUUCAACAGGAGGAGGAGCUGAGAGCCAGGAGGACCCAACCACCUCCACCAGCUCCACCAGCACCACCCCACAGCACACACCCACCAACAGCCUGAAGCGCAGCACCACCCGCCGCCGCACUGACUCUGUUCUCUACGGCUGUGCCUCAAUCCUGGCAUCUGUCGCAUUCGGCUUUGACCUGCAAGAGAUCUGUAAGAACCCUGCCAAUGAAGAACCUGAGCCUCGUGAGGAGAAGAAGAAAAAAGAAGGCCUGUUUCAGCGCGCCACUCGCUUCCGCCGCAGCACCAGCCCUCCAGGCGGACGUUCGCGAAAAGAUGAGAUUUCCACAGCACCCGUAAACCUGCUCGCCAUGUCAUCCAUUUCUGAGUGCAACUCCACCAAGUGCCUCCUGCAGUCAGAUUUUGAGGGUCCUGGGUUUAACCUGGUUAACGAGACUGGCAUUUCGCCUCAGAGUAAUGGUACUGGUGAAGGACUGCACUUAACACCUGUACAAGAGCUCUCUUCUGGAGCCAACUCUCGACUGAGGAGGAAAAAGUCCAGUCCGGCUGUGUGCCAGAACGUCAAUGGAAGCAGCAACUCUCCAGUCAGUCCAGCUGAUUCUUCUACCACUUCUACAAAGAAGAAGGCUGACAAAGAGCCUCCUCAAGACAAGCAGACCUCUGGGGAAUCAGUAUCUCGACCCAGACCGCUUUCCCUCAGAGGCAAAUCUCAUUCCUGGAGUCUUCUGAAGAGUCGCAAUAAGAGCUAUUCUCUGGGACACUACUCUGGGGAGAAGAGUGUCCAAAACCUGGACAUGCUGCUCCCUGCUGAGGUCAAAACCGGCUGCUCAUUACUGGACAUGGACACAGAGGGUCAAAAACGAGACUGCACCGUUCCCCUCUGCCGGAUACAGAGCACACCAAGUCGGGGGUCUGUAUUCGAACUGGAGAAACAGUUUUUAUCCUGAAAUAAGCUGCAUCUGGAACACAAUCCUGUAUUUGUUUAGAGUCUGCCUGUUCAACGUAACAUUUGUUUUUGUCCACGAUUUAAGGGAUAGUUCACCCAAAAAUGAAAACUGCUGUUAAUUUGCUUACUUCAGACAUUUCGGAUGCUGUUAGUGUUAGUUGAAUUAAUUUUGUUUCACCUGUAUGUUUUUUUGGACUCUCGAAGUGCAGGUAGCCAUUGACUUGAAAGUGUGAUCAAGAACAAGAAAUUCUGCUGAAAGUCUUCUUUAAUGUUUUACUGAAGGAAAAGCUUCAUCCUGGAUGACCUGAGGGUGAGUCAAUUAACAACAAAAACAUUUUAGGUAAACUUUUCCCUUAACAUCAUGGCCUUUGAUCAAUAUUUGAGCCAUUGCUGCUGGAUAUAUUCUGUGGUAUUUUUAUUUAUACGCUGUUUACCAUGAGAUGUAAUUUAAUAUGAAGUGACGUAUAUGAAGCGAAUGAAUCGAACAUUCCACUGAACUUACAGUCGAGGUUUGCAGUUUUUACAAAGUGACUUGAUUUGUACACAUUUACACAACGAUCAACAAUAUUCUGUUAGAAACUACUGAUCUUGAAAGUGUUUGUGUUUUUGUCAUUUGAUCUUGUAUCAUGUAAUGUCAUAUGAAAGGCAUAAACAGGGCCCACAGUGUUUGUAUAUGAAUAUUAAUCAAUGUAGAAAUGAAGUGGCAUAGAUAAUGUGACUGACCAAACUUACAGAGCUUAUGUCUGCAACACAGUGUGUUCAUGAAUUAACACAGUUUCCCUAAACUUCUACUAAUAGAUUGCAUCCAUUUUUGUGUGGAAUUUUUUUUAAUUGAUCCCUGAACGUUGCUGAAAUAUAGAUGUUUGUUGUACUGCCAAAUAAUGAUAAAUGAAUCGGCUAUAUUGAUAGUGUCUAUCAAUAUUGCCAUUAUAUAAUGAAUCAUUCCAGGCCACUCAAAGCCUAAUAUUUGAUGUAAAUCCACUCUAAAUCAAGUACCAGAAUGCUAGAUUUAUGCAUAUAGGUUUACUAAAUAGGUUUAUAAUUAUAUAAUUUUAUCAGGAGUCAUUGCACCUUCCUACUUUUGUUAUAUAGUUCAGUAUCUUAUAGUUCAGUAUCAGUAUCAUUCUGUCAUAGUACUGUUUAUAUAUAUAUAUAUAUAUAUAUAUAUAUAUAUAUAUAUAUAUAUAUAUAUAUAUAUAUAUAUAUAUAUAUAUAUAUGUGUGUGUAUAAGAUGUGAUUCAGAACACAUGGUUAUUUUGUGAUCGUGGGGUGUCAAAUGGAAGAAUACUGUAACUGUUGGUUUGUCGGAAAAGUUGUGUUUGAGAAAACUUUCAUACAGUAUUGAAAAGCUUUUCUUUUUUAUGGUAGGGACUAGAAUUAUUUACUGUAACUAUUCAGAGUCAUUUUGCUGUCUGUUUAAAUACACCUAUUAUGUGUUGUUGUUCCUUCAAAAUAUGUUUUGUAGCACUGGAAUUUGAGUCACAUAAUGAUGGUUACAGUGCAUCCAGGAAAGUAUUCAAAGCGCUUCACUUUUUACACACUUAUUUAUGUUAUAGUCUCAUUCUAAAAUGGAUUAAAUUUAUUUAUUUCCAUGAAAUUCUACACACAACACCGCAUAAUGACAAUGUAGAAAAAAGAUUUCUUGAAAUUGUUGUAAAUUUGCUAAAAAUAAAAAACCUUAAAAAUCACAUACACAUUAGGGUUGGGCUGAUAGAUGAUGCUAUCGUCCAUCGCUGAUGGCCGACAGACACCACGAUGCUGAGCCAGCAUCGCGAUCCUUCGCCCUGCCCCCUUGCAAAUCCGCUCGCGAAAAAUACACACUUAGGCCCCAUUUACACUAACAGGUCUUAGUUUUGAAAUGGCAUUUUAGACUGAAAGCGAUUCACAUCCACUCUGGCGUUUCAUCUAGCAUUUCUGAGCAGCCCUCCCUCUUCCACACUACCACUGAAAACGCACAUCACGUGAACACACUUACACACAGGCACAGACACACACACACUGUCAUGCGCUCGAGACAGUGGGUCCAGGCAGUCAGCGGGUCAUUAGAUGGUUAUGUAUAUAAUAUUAUAUAGUUAUGUGUGUAACUACUUUAUUAAUUUAUAAUUUGGUUGUGGGUAAAACAAAGACCAUGCGGUUCAGGUAGUUAAAACGGUAGGCUACAAAUAAUUAAUUCGUUAUGAAUUCAUUAAUUAUUCAUACUUAAUUCACCGCCCCCUAUGACGACGAUGUCAUCGUCCAUCGUGAUGUUUCAUAUUAGACAUCGCCCAACCCUAAUAACAUAAGUAUUCACAGCAUUUGCCGUGAAGCUCUAAAUUGAGCUCAGGUACAUUCUGUUUCCACUGAUCAUUCUUGAGAUGUUUCAGCAGCAGGAACUGGAAGACUAGUCAGGAUAGAGGAAAAGAUGACUGCAGCAAUAUACAAAGACAUCUUGAAUGAAAGUGCUCUUAACCUCAGACUGGAGCAACGGUUCAUCUUCCGAACCGGCUUCACAACAACUCGGUGAAUGUCCUUGAGUGGCCCAGCCAGAGCCCAGAUCUAAAUCCUAUUAACCAUUUCUGAAGAGAUCUGAAAAUGGCUGUACACCGUCACUUCCCAUUCAACCUGAUAGA